AUGAAGUGGUUCAAGUGGAAGGUUGAGCAAUUCGAGCUCCUAAACAAUCUUGGAAAUUGCGAAUUUCGAGUGAUGCAAUUAGGAAAGAGCGGAGAAUACAGCUUAGCAAUCCAUCACAGUGAGGAAGAACUAGUAGAAUGGGGUCUCUCAGAAAUGAUAGCUGACCAAAAGUGGCGAGCCCAUGCCAACAGGGUUGAUUGGAAUGAGCGUUGCCCCUGGUACCUUGAUUCUUUUUUCAACCGUCUAGCUGACUCGGAAGACAGCGGAGAAAGUGAAGACAUUUGGCAUGAAACUGAUGAAAAGAUUCAGCAAUCAAAUUGA